AUGUUGCUCAGUUACACCUUCGUCGGCUUGUACCUGGCGGCUCAGAGCUUUGCUGUACCUGCUGCGAGCGGCGAGGAUGCAUCUCUAGAGCGCCGUGUGACUCACUGUGGCGAUGCCACAUACUAUACCCAGGGAGGAAACGCGGGAUCCUGUGGCCAAACCAAUCCGGAUAGUGCCUAUAUCAUCGCUUUGUCCAAUUACUGGCAAGACGACGAGUCGCCAGGACCAUACUGUGGCCGUAAAAUCCAAAUUACGAACCAGGGAGGCGGUGACGACAACAAUGGACAGGGAAAAGUGGUCGUGGCUACGGUCCAAGAUACUUGCCCCUCAUGUGACGAAAAUCAUCUCGACUUGAGCGAGGGAGCUUUUCAGGCCUUGACAGGUGGCAGCCUUGAUCCUCCAGGGGAAUUCAAUAUCUGCUGGCACUUCUGUAACGCAGAUGGCUCGUGUUAG